GAAGCAAACAUUUAAGACCAAAUUUCUUAAAGCAGCAAAAAGUUUAAAAAAAUACUUCUUAUACAACCAACAAUAAUAACAUCUAUUUCCACACACACAAACAUACAUUAAUCAUGUACAUUCAACAAAAUUGGAGCUCAGUUGUUGGUUAUUUCCGGCCAAGCAGGAAAUGCUUUUCAUUUAACGGAAGUUUACUAUUUCUACUCAUAGUGUUAGUGGGCAUAGCCCAACAGACAGCUGCUCGACCCAGUCAAGAUGAAGAUUUACCACGCGGUUUUAAUGUUGGCGAAGAAUUUAGAGAUGUCGAUAAUUUAGAGAUACAUCGCGUCAAGGUGGUGGAUGGAGUGGCACAAGAAGAUCAUCCGAUUAUAAUUUAUAAAGAAGAUUUUGUCAAUGAAGAUUAUGUUCCUCCCAAAAAUGAAUCAAAAACGGAAAAACACAAACGUCGUUAUAAAGAUAUUGGCCAUCGAAGACGUCAUAGUAGACAAAAUCUCACCGGUGUUGUGAUUGAGGAUAAACCUGAGAAAAUCUUAUUCGAUAUUAUACCCGAGAAGCCAAUUAUAGUUCCCGAAGAUAUGCACAAACAUAGAAAAUCGCAUAUGAAACUGGUACCUCUCAUCGAUGACUUAAACGAAGUCAAGGUAUCAGAAACGGAAGAAAACGCUGCCAAAGAAGAACUAAACAAGAGACCCAAGAAAUUCCAUCGUCGCGUCAGACGUAGUGCCAAUGGAGAGCAUAUUGUACGCAAACGUAAUCCUUAUUUUAGACAUUUACCCAAGAUAUCGGGAGAAGUGCCCAGUCAGGUGCAAUAUAUUUAUGUAAAACACUCUGUGCCUGGUAAAAAGCAUAAUGGUUUAGAUAUUCCCGUUCCUGGUCCAAAACCAUCUAACAGUGGCAACGUACCCAUUUCGUUUGAUAAUCGUGUGGCAGCUGAUGAAAAUGAUCGUGUUAUCUUUUCUAGUGGAAGAACUACACCUCGUACCACUAGAAGGCCUGCUGAGUCUAUAUUCCGUGAUCCUAGACCAGAGAAUUUCGAUUUCAGUUUUAUGAAUCCUCAACGCCCUGCCUCCACCACUACAGCACCAAUUUUCAACCGCCGCCCAGUUGCCACAAGCAGACCACAACCAGAAUCAAUAUUUCGUGAUCCCAGACCUGAAAAUUUUGAUUUCAGUUUCAUGAAUCAAGGUCAACAAACACAACAGCAAAGUAACGUUCUUAGAGCGACCACCGACAGACCACAAGCUGCUACGGAAACCGGCAUCUCACAGUGUGUAUGGGCCAUAGUGAAUUGUUGCUCAAAUCGUGACUCGGAAAUUCGUUAUUCCUGCUUUGAACAAAACGGCUGCUAUGGUGCCUUCUGGGGUCUAAACCCAUGUGCUGAUAAUGUACGAGAUAAUUUUAUUAACUAUGUGGCCGAUUAUUAUAAUUAAGAGAAAAUAAAGUUAGAGUUUAAACCAAAUAAAUACUUAGCAACCUAAGGUUGGAGAAGAAAAGUAGAAAAGUUAAAAUUACACAUUGAUUUAAAUCAGAUGCAAAUGUGUGUUCACUACUAAUAUUUAUAAUUAAAGUUUUCUAUUUAGUUUCUGUUUGUUUAAGUAAAAGAGUUUUUUCGUUAAUAUUUGUUUUUUAAGUGUACUUAAAUGCACAGAAAUUAAGAAACAUAUAGAGUCUAUAGUCUGUCUAUACUAUAGACAGAAGUUUCGCAUUAAGUACUUUUUGCAAAUGUAAGAAGCCCAGCAGAAUUUGUAGCUUUAGAAAAAAAACUUACCAUUGUCUUAAAAUUAACAAAUUUAACUACAUACAUAUGUAUGUAUAAUAUUAAGUAUAAUUUGUAGUUUCAUUUGAAACUAACUAAAUUUUUUAUCAAAAUUUUUUUAUGUAUCUCCUUGUCGCAAACAAAUUUAGCUGGCUUUACGCUUGAUUUUAAUUAAAUUAAAUUAUUUUAUUUUUCAUUUUGUUUUCUCUUGUCUUCCCCAUUCUAUUAUAUUUACUCAUUUUUAAUUAUUUAUUAUUUGUUAAAUUGAAAAAAUCCACUUCUCGAAACUUUAUGUUUUUUUUUUGUAAUAAUUUAGUUGUUGUGAUUUUUAAAUGCAUUUAAAAAUUUUCCUUGUUUUUAAGCAAUACAGAAAAUGUUAAUUUAAUUAAGUCACAAAUUUGUACUCGCAUACAUGUACGAAUGAAAAAUUCAAAUAAAUUAUUUUUAAGAACAAUUUUUGUUCGAUAACUCAAAAAGAAAA